CUCUUGUAUAUAUUUUCGUUUGUAUUAUAAACAAAACCCUUUCUUAAAAAAAAAAAUUCGGUUUUUUUUCUUAUAUAUAUUUCUUUUUUUUUUUCUUUCUUACUUUCGUCUUCACAUUUGUAACGAAUAUAUACAUAAUACAUACACACGAAAAAAAAUGACUUCAACUUCCGUACGAGUCGCUUUGAGAGUAAGACCACUUAAUAGCAAAGAAACCCUACAAAAUUGUAGUGAAUGUUUAACAAUAAUACCUGACGCACCACAAAUACUCAUGGGAACCGAUAAAUCUUUUACAUUUGAUUAUGUAUUCCCAUCUGAAACUGAACAAGAAGAAGUAUUUCAUGAUUGCGCAAGUCCGCUAAUAGAUAAACUUGUAGAAGGUUAUAAUGUCACAAUCUUAGCAUAUGGUCAAACUGGUAGUGGUAAAACAUAUAGUAUGGGUACUGCUUUAGAUGGUGCAAAUAUUCCACCCGAACAUUUAGGUAUCGUACCACGUGCCAUAACUAAAUUAUUUGCCGACCUUUGCGAACGAAAAGAAAAAAAUCCUUCCUAUGAAUAUGAAGUUUAUGUAUCAUUCUUAGAAUUAUAUAAUGAAGAUCUUAUAGACUUAUUAAACCCACAAAGUAGAGAAAAUAAUAAAAAAGGAAAGAGUGAUUUAAUGAUAAGAGAAGAUGCAAAUGGUCAAAUAUAUUGGGCUGGUGUAAAAGAAGUUCAAGUUUCGGAUCCAGAUGAACUUUUAGGGUAUGUUUCUAUUAUUAGACAAUUACAAAAGGGUUCACUGUGUCGAACUGUCGCUUCAACAGAUAUGAAUAUGGUAUCUUCAAGAUCACAUGCUAUAUUUUCCGUAAUACUGAAACAAACAAGAAUAGAAAAUUUAGAAGAAAAUAAAGAAAAUGAUGCUCCACCUCCUGAAGCUGCAACCAUGUCAAAAAGAAAGAGUAAACAAAAAUCAUUAACAUCAAAAAUAACUUCAAAAUUUCAUUUCGUAGAUUUGGCUGGUUCUGAAAGGUUAAAGAGAACUAAUGCCGUAGGUGAUAGAGCAAAAGAAGGAAUAGCAAUUAAUGGUGGUUUAUUAGCCCUUGGUAAUGUAAUUAGUGCUCUUGGUGAUGAAUCAAGAAAGGUCACUCAUAUUCCUUAUAGAGAUUCAAAAUUAACACGUUUAUUACAAGAUUCACUUGGUGGUAAUAGUCAAACUCUUAUGUUGGCUUGUGUUUCACCAGCUGAUUCUAAUUUUAUGGAAACCUUAAAUACACUAAAAUAUGCUAAUCGUGCUCGUAAUAUUAAGAAUAAAGUUAGUGUUAAUGAAAGUUAUGGUGGUAAUUCUAUUGAAAUAAAUCAAUUACGUGGUCAAAUAAGUAGAUUAAAGAUGGAAAUUCAAACUUUACGAGCUGGUGGUUGUAAUGAAGAAACAAGUCGUAAACAUGAAGAAGAAAUUAAGGUUCUUAAAGGAGAAUUAGGAAUGACAAAAAUGAAACUUCAAAGUGUUGAACAAGAACUUAUCUCUACAAAAGCUGAAAAGAACUCUCUUUUAAUGGAAAUUAGUUUUAAUGAUCAAGAUCUUUCAGAUGCUGAUCGUGAACAUAGGAUUAAAACUCAUCGUAUCGUUCAAGGUUAUGAAUCAGAAAUUAAAGAUCUUAAAGAUCAAAUUUCUGAACUUUUAGCUACUCAAGCUUCUCAACAUUCACGUAAAUCUUCUUUGGCUGGAACAACAACAGGAAGAGAGAAAGGUCAUAUCAAAUUCUCCGAUCCUCAUAAAUAUUCAUCUGAUGAAGAUAUUCAUAAUUUUAAUAAUCAUAAUAAUAAUCAUAAUAAUAAUAAAGAGAAUAGUGAGAAGAAAGGUAAAAAGAAGAAGAAACGUUCUUCGAAGAAAAGUAAGACAAGAGCUGACUUCCCAGUUUCUGAUGAAACUUCUACUACUAAAAUUUCACUUAUUGGCCCUUCCUCAUCUCAUCAUCAACUUGAACAUGUCGUAAAUGAUCAAAGUUUGGAAGAAGCUAAAUCCUUAUUCACACCAUAUGAAGAAGUCGAAGAAAAUAUUGAAGAAGAUGGUGAAGAUGGUGAAAAUGUUGAUAGUGAAUCAUUCAAAUUUACUCGAAAAUUGAGAAGGCGUAGCAAGACAAGAGAUAAGCUUCAAAAGGCCAAGGAACAAUUUAGACAAAGUUACAUGAUAAUAAAGAAUCAAUUAAUAAAACAACCUUCAUCAACUAGGAGAACUAAGAGUGAGAGUUAUAUUGAUCAAAUGAUUUCCAAUCAUCAAAAAGAAAAAAGAAGAUUAAGCAGUGUAUCUUUCAGUGAAAUUCAAACCAUUGAAGCACCAGAAUGGCAAGAAUCUAAUCCACAACCACCACAACCUACUCGUCGUACUUCAAAUUCAAGUCGUUCUGUUAGUUUCUCCGAUCGACCAAUUUCUCCUGGUUCAACUGAAUAUUCUCAAGAUAGCACUGAUUGCUCAUCUCAACAACAAAAUGUUAUUGCUCUUACCCGUAUGUUACAUCAAAUUCAAGCUGAUAUGGUUGUUAAAGAACAACUCGUUUCACAAUUGGAAUGUGCUGAACAAGAAUAUAUUAAUAUGAGAGCUCAAUAUGAACAAAAAUUGGCUGAUAUGCAAGACGCUUUAAUUACCUUACAACAAGAAAGAAAUGCUGCUAUUAAACGUGCUCAAAAUGCUAGUACUGGCGUUAGUACUCGUGAUAAGAAUUCAAUCCUUGCCGAACUUAAAACUCGUUAUGAACACAAGAUGAAACGUUUAAUCCAAGAAAUUGGUGAACUUCGUAGAAAAUAUAAUGAAGCUACUCAAUCUAAUACCACAUCAAGGGAUCGAAAUGAAACAAUACUCAAGAGUAUGCGUGCUCAAAUUGAACAACUAAAAAGUGAAAAGAUGCAAAUGAUGAAGCGUAUGAAGGAUGAAGCUAAACGAGUCCGUGAAAUGACUGAACAUAAUCAACGUGAAAUUCAAAAUCUUCGUCGUAAAGGAAAAUCUGCUCAAGAACAAAAGAAACGUUUUGAAAGAACUAGUGAAAUGCAAAAAAUCAUGCUUGAAAAGAGACAGAAAGAAGUUUUACAAACAAAUAGUAAACUUAAAUCAGUUAUGGCCUUACUCAAACGAACCACUACUCCAAAGUCAAUCACCAAGGCUAUCCGUAAUCACAAACGACAAUCAAUAUCUAAUGAUGAUAACAGAAAGGAAUCGAGACGAUCCUCCGAUGAUUUUAGUCCUAUCUAUGAUGAAGUAUUUGCCAGUGGUUAUGAUAAGAAAAAACUUCUUAAUGAAGCAAUCUAUAAAUAUAUUAGUGGUCGUCAAACAUUGACAAUGAUGGAUGAAUGGAUCGUUAAUAGAAAUAAUUUACAAGAAGAGAAGAAUGAAUUACUUGAAGAACGUGAAAAAAUAAUUACUAG